AACUGAAACUGUUUGGUUGGGUUUUUUUUGUCAGUGUAUAAAGAUAUUAAACAAAUGCUGCAUGCAAUUCACACAAACUUUGUACUAGCAAAUGCAAAACUAAAAUCAAAACAUUCAAAUUCGACUAAAGAAAUAAUUGUAAAACUGAAGCUAUUUGGUUUUUGUCAGUGUAUAAACAUAUAGAACAAAUGCAUGCAUAAUAAACAUAAAAUCAAGAAACCAAAACAUGCUGAGAAAAUUAAUUCAAAUUCGACUAAAGAAAUAAUUUUAAAAGUGUGUGUGUAGCUUAAGACAAAAAGUGUAAAACAUGAAAACGAGAAUUAAAUCUGAAAAAUAAAUAAAAAAUAACGAAAACGAAAACUGCAAACUUGACUGCAUAUUUGAAACUUUGGGAAUUAUUAUUUAGUACAUAAAUAUAAUUCCUACGAGGACAUAUUACAUGAGGAUUAAAUGUGAAAAAUUAUUCUAAAUAUUUGAAAUUAUUUGAACGCUAAAAAAUAUAGUAAAUAAAUAUAUUUUUUGGCUAUGAGGAUACAUUGAGAAGAAGAAAACUAAAUCUUAAAUCAAAUAAUUUGAACGAUAACAGAUAUAGUAUAUAUAUAAAUGUUAUGGCCAUGUUUGAGGAUACGCUGCUCAUCAUCAAGCCGGACUAUUUGCACAAGCGUCGUCCUGUGCUGCUGAAGCUUUUGUCUUGUGGAUUCCAGAUUGAGGGCAAUCGAAGGUUGAACUUUUCGCCGGAGUUGGCAGCCGAAUUCUAUGCUGACUAUGCGGAUGAGAAGGGAUUCAUGCUGGAGGUCAUUUUGCUGUCGAAGGGCAUCUCGGAGGCCUUCAUACUGACCAAGGAGAAUGCCGUUAAGGAGCUGCUCAACAUUAUGAUUUGCUACUUUGGCAACUCCUCGGAACUGGAGCGCAAUGUGCAUGUCACUAAGCAUCCCGCUAGCGUCGCUCGCGAGAUUAUCUUUAUAUUUCCCAACUAUAUUCACGAGCCGAUUGAACUCUUUGAUGCGAAUCGCUUUUGUAAUCGACCGAUGAUUAAACCGCUGCUUGGUGAAAUCUAUGAUAUAUUGCAGAACGUUGACUGCAGCCAGAAAGAUUGGAAAAUGCGUGUGGCCGACUAUCUGAUGCGCCGCAAUCCCGUCGUGCCUCAGAUCAGCAAUCAGUGCCAGGUGGCACCCGAUCUGCACACGCAGGAGAGAUCGCAGCAGACGCUGAUGACAUAUCGAUCGCCGGCGAAGGAUGCCAAGCCCAAGGAGAAGUCAGUCAGCAGCGGUUCGAUGCUGUCGAGCACCACGCCACACUCAUCGCUGCUGCUGACCACGUCGUCGUGUGUCACCUGCGCCGGCUUCGAUCACACCGAACCCAUCGUCUCCGAGGUGGAUCUGAAUAAGCGGCUCGAGCCGCAAAGCGAUGAGCCCGUCUGCGUCGACGAGGAAGUCAUCUGGAAGGAGAUCAUUGUCUAUGAGGAAAUUGAGCCCGAGGAGGAGGAGCAGCGGUUAACAAAAGAAUACGAUUUCUUCCUUGUCGACGAGGACGAGUUGGAGCAGGAAAAGGAGAGCUCGACGUCCUCGAUGUGUGCGGCGCCAACGGCAAAGAUGGUGGGACACGUUUCUGAGGCCGAUGAUGUUGAGGCACAGGCGGAGGCAGCAGCAGCUGAAGAGGCAACAGCUCCUCCUCCAGCUCCUCUUGUUGCUGCAGAGCCAGCUGCUGGAGAGGCAACUCCUCCACCUACUCCUGAAGAAGCAGCUGCUGAACAGGCUCCUCCUGCUGUUGAUGAGGAAGCUCCUCCUCUUCCUGCUGCCGCUGAUGAGGAGGCUGCUCCAGCUCCUGCUGAAGAAGCUGUUGCUGAGGAGGAAAUACCUGCUGCUGAGGAGGCACAACCUGCUGCUGAAGAGGCUUCUCCUGCUCCUGCUGCUGCUGAAGAGUCUCCACCUGCUGAGGCAGCGGAUUAAUUUGCACCUGUUGCUCAAAACACACACUUUUUAUGCAUUGGCCAUAAAAAAAAUAUUCGAAAUUUGUGGUGUACACAAAGAAGGCCAACAAACACAAGUCAAACAAUUUCGUCCACUUCGUUCACCCACUUUGCCCCCAAAUUCCUCCUAACAUAUUGCUGCCCCCAAACAAUGCGCACUGCGCCGUGUGGCAAACGCAGCCUGCACUUUUCACACUCACCCGGCAAGCAUUUAUUCUCACUCACACUCACUGGCAACCAAAUAAAAAAUAUAAAAAAAAAUAGAAAAUAUGAAGUGCAACAGGAACAGGCACAGAAUCGGGACGAGGACGUUGCAACAAAAGCGCUCGGAAUGCGAUUCACAGUUCGCGCCAGCAUUUUUGCCAUAGCGUAAGUUGAGCCACAUAUGGUUCUUGUUUUAACUCGGUUUUCUUCUUUUUUUUUUGUUGACCACAUUUCAAGUGUCCAAUAAAAAAAGACAAUGAAAUUAA